CGUUCAAAUGAGUACAUGUUUGGGUGUGUGCAAAUGUAUACAGAGUGGCUUAAAUAACUUAAUUCAUUCUGAAGUGAUCUGAGAGGGAAAAAUAGGCUACUACUUUAAUAUAUCACAUAUAGAUUAAGGUGUCAAUCUGUGUGUUUGAUCACUGUUCUGGUUUUAGCCCAUAUCAGAGAAAUUGAUUUAACGUAUCAUAACCAAAAAGCACAACCUUUCUAAACAGACCUACCAUAAAUACCUUACUAUAUUCUUAUGAUAUCUAAUGCAGUAACUGAUAUUAACCGAUGUGCUCCUUGUGCUCUAACCGCUAGGCCACAACUUAGACCAGAUUUUGUACUAUUAAUAAAGAGGAAACAUUCUUCUCUUCUGUUUGCAGGUUCGGGUGCUUUUCUCUAAAGGUCCCUUCAUCUCAAUCUUUGCCAGCGACCCUCAUAUCAUCAUCAAGGCCAUAAACCAGAACCUCGACAGUGUGCUACGUGACUCCAACAUCAACGGCCACGACUACAUGCGAAACAUCAUCUACCUGCUCGUGUUCCUCAACAGCCGUGGCCUCAGCUCUACCAAGAGACUUUGUAUUUCCACACCAGCCAAUGUGGAUCAGCUGAACUCUGAUGUGUGGCAAGAGGACAUGAACAGGAAGUUGUCUCAGAACAGUUUCGGCGAGCAGGGCAGUAAAACAGCACUGAACCGCUGGGACACGUACCGCAGGAGACAGAUGCAGCCCACCGUCACGCGCCAGAUGUCCUUUGACCUGACCAAGCUGCUGGUCACUGAAGACUGGUUCACAGACAUCAGCCCUCAGACGAUGAGGAGACUGCUCAACAUAGUGUCAGUCACAGGUCGCCUACUUAGAGCCAAUAAGAUCAUUUUUAAUUGGGACCGACUAGCGUGGAGUGGCCGUAUCGCACAUCCUGGAUCAUUGUCUUUCUGGAGGAAACUGAUGGAGUCUCAGACCAGGUCACACUGAAGACCAUCUAUAUGAGAGGAUUUCUAAAAACAUCCCCACCACUAAAGAUGUGGAGCCUCUGUUGGAGAUUGAUGGUGAUAUUCGUAGUUUUGAGGUGUUUCUUUCGUCACACACCCCUGUUCUCACCGCUCGUGAUGUGGAGAUGUUCCUACCUUGUACUGUCAACUGAGAUCAUUGCAGCCCCUGAGACUUGGACGCUAAAGCAAACGUGGAUUUCAUUGGGAGCCACGUUUAUUUCUUCCAGAUGUACGAGAUGCACGAGAGAAGAUGCACCUUGGGGGAGUCAGCUAUCCCACACUGCCCCUACAAGAUGCUUCGGUACGGUGCACUCUACAUUUGGGCAGCACUCUUUGGCCUGUUCUCCCACAGGCUCUUUCCCCCCUGCUGGAGUGCUGCCGGCCGCUCAACCCCACAGCAGCUACUUUAGUGGGCUUACUGGACCCCAACACCCCUUCUACAACCGGCCUUACUUCCCUCAUCAUGUUUACCACCUGCCCCGACAUUACCCUGGCAACCCCCAUCACGCCCCCUCACGCCCUGCUACUAAACUCCAUAAGGACCCCAGUCUGGGACUAGAUGUAAUCAGAGAGGACUCCAGCGAGGGUCUUCCCUCUCCUACAUCCCCCUCUAUGGUAACUUUAGCAUCCCAGAUUAAAUCUCAGCCCUUCAGAACGAAGCAGGGCUCUGAUUCUGUGGUUUCUAGUGGAUCUCAGGUCCUCCUCAGUUCUCUGAGCAUCGAUGGCAUAUGUGAGAAGCUGAAACAGAUCCAGGGUCUGGACUCCAGCAUGCUGGAGCAGUAUAUCAGCACAAUCAAAAAGGCCAACAUGAACGGCCGGGUUCUGUCUCAGUGCAACCUUGAUGAGCUCAAGAAGGAAAUGAACAUGAACUUUGGAGACUGGCAUCUCUUCAGGUCCAUGGUUCUAGAGCAGCGUCAUGUGGAGAACCAGCUGCUGCAUGAUGAAUCGAGAGCGUGCAGCGAGCAGGGCAGCAGCAUGUUGACUCAACUCGAACCCCACCGACCCUCUGAAGCGCCAUAAGACGUGACCAUCAACCCAGAAAACUUCACGUACAUUCUCAACCUAAGCUUCGAAGAGCUCAGCGGUGUGGGGCUGGAGGAGCCCGCCAGGCAACACAAUGCCCACUGGCUGGUGCGUGGUACUGCUGUGCACACAAACACAUUUAGCACUGAAGUACAGCCUAUAGAUAAAUACAGGUGCACACCAUGAGAGAACGGCGUAAUUAUAUACAUAGAAGCUAACACAAACAUAUGCGUGCAUAGAAAUAAAAGAACUUGGGGCUUUUUUUUGUUGUUAUUGUGCCUUUUUAACUAAUUAUUUCAGUAUAUUCAGUGUUGCAUUUUGUUGCUAUAGAGGCAGCUUCUCCUUUUCAGUAGUCUCUCAUUUGCAUGAAAUAGCAUGUGGUUUACUGGGUGACAAACGAAGUGUUUUCUGACCUGGAUGGGCAGAGGAAGUGAAGAGCUGACCACACACAUGCUAGCUUUCUAUCACACAGAGAUAGCUAUUUCUGCACUCAUCUGUUAACACUUGGCAAGGUGUUGCAACACAAGCAAGAGCUCAUAAUGGUUUAGAUUAGCAUCAUGUAAGUUGUUGGUGAGCACAGACUUUGUGUGCGUCUCAUUUCACAUACCUCUGCACUAUUUUUACACCAUUUUGUAGCCCAAGUAGUGUGUUCACGCUAUCGUGUGUAUUAUGAGUAGCUUAGUGAUGUAUUGCAAAAGAAAAGACAGAGUGUGGAUGUACAGGAAGGGGAGUGGCUAAACAUGCUAAAGCUACUGCAACAGAACUGUCCUAUAAAUGGAACACUGUGAAUGGUUCUAUGUAGUAAAAAAGUUCCAUUUGAGACACGUUAGCCUUCUAAAAUUCAUAGACUAAUUUAGAACACAACUAAUGUCUCUCUAAAGGAAUAGUUCACUCAAACUCACUGUCAUGUUACUGAAACUGUACAACUUAUCAUGGAAUACACCGAGUUACUUAUUCCAAGUCUUCUGAAGCCAUGUGAUAGUCUUGUAUGAAGAACAGUCAAAGAAUUUCUUGCAUAAACAUGCCAAGUUUGAACAUCUGGAAGUAAAAAUGAAGUGUUAAACUGAUUCUUUCUUUAAAUCCCUAGAUCAGUUUUUUUUAUUUAAUUGAAUUACGUUGAAUGUGAUUAAAUAAGUCUGUGUACCGUGAAAUAAUGGCAAGCGACAUCUUUCUGUUUAGUUGACCUCAUGGGCUGCAUGCAAAACCAAACAUAUAAUGUGACAUGUAUAAUCCGAUUCACAAACAGAUUACUCUAAUGAGCUGCUUCUUUAAAGGGGUCAUAUGAUGCGAUUUCAAUUUUUCCUUUCUCUUUGGAGUGU